CCUCCCUCCUCCCUCCCUCCCUCCUCAUGUGGGUGAGAGCUGCUGCUUCCUGGAGGUGUAGAGACGGUGAAGUGUUGUCAGAGAGUCAGGAGGUGAUCAGCUGCUGGGAGCUGAUGUCCUCCAGGGCUCUGAAAGGUUCUCCUAGUUGCUCCUGGAAGAUGAUGAAGAUGUUGGUGGUGUUUGGGAUCCUGCUGCACGGUUCCCAGAAUGCUUUGGUCCUGGAGGUGUCUGAGGGGGCGGAGUCAGUCCUGCUGCCCUGCAGGGCCUCCUCUCCAUAUAAGGGCGAGACGGUGACAUGGAGAAACUCCGCCCUCAGUCCUGCGACGGUCUACAUCUGGACCAACGGCUCGUCUGCAGACCUCCUCAAAGACCAGAACCGCCGGUACCAGAACCGGACCUCCCUGAACCCGGACGCUGUGCUGACAGAAGACUACAGCCUGACCCUGAGGAGACCUGAGGUCUGUGACAGCGGGACCUACACCUGCUCCACCUCGGACCCGGGAUCCACGCCGCAGGCCGUGGAGCUGCAGGUCAAAGGUUCAAACCCGUUUCCAGCCGUGGCCCAGGUUCUGCUGGCUGUCCUGGUUCUGGGCCUGGUUCUGGUUGUUGGACUGCUGCUGUGGAGGAGAUGCACCAAAGUCCCACAGGUGGAGGUGGAGUCAGGGGCGGAGUCUGUCCUGCUGCCCUGCAGAACCAAACUCCACCUGCCUGCAGACGCCACAGUGGAGUGGAGGGACCUGUCCGGCAGGAACGUCCACGUGAAGGAAGGCGGUUGUCACCAGCAUCAGGACCAAUGCCAGUUCUACAGAAACAGAACCAGCAUGAAGGACGGCGGCCUGAAGGGCAGAGACCUGAGUCUGACUCUGACGCGUCCCACGGAGAGGGACAGAGACGUCUACAGCUGUAGCGUCUACAGCAGGAACGGACGCGUCCUCAUGAGGAGACGGGUGGAGCUCAGGGUCAGAGUCCCACAGGUGGAGGUGGAUUCAGGGGUGGAGUCCGUCCUGCUGCCCUGCAGAACCACCGCCCGCCUCCAUAGAGACGCUACAGUGGAGUGGAGGGACAGAGGAGACAAAAAGGUCCACGUGUUCAGGAACGGUUCUGAUCAGCCCAGUGAACAGGACCAGAAGUACCGGGACAGAACCAAGAUGAAGACCAACGCGCUGAGGACCAGAGACCUCAGUCUGACCCUGGAACACCCCACAGACAGAGACAGCAAGACCUUCAUCUGCUGCGUCUACAGCAGGUGGGGGAGGGUCCAGAAGACCCAGGUGACGCUGCGGGUCAAAGUCCAACAGGUGGAGGUGGACUCAGGGGUGGAGUGUGUCCUGCUGCCGUGCUACAGUACUGUCCCCCUUCCAGAGGACGCUACGGUGCAGUGGGUGGACAGAGGACAGAGGAAGGUCCAUGUGAAUGAGGACGGCUUUGAUCAUCCGGAGGAACAGGACCCUUUUUACGAGAACAGAACCCAGAUGAAGGAAGACCUGCUGCGAAGCGGAGACCUCAGUCUGACCCUGAGACACCCCACAGAUGGAGACAGCAACGUCUACACCUGCAGCGUCUACAGCAGGGAGGGGAAGAUCCUGAUGAAGAAACAGGUCCAGCUGAAGGUCAAAGAAUACACGGUGGAGGUGGAUUCAGAGGCAGAGUCCGUCCUGCUGCCCUGCAGAACCACGCCCCACCUGCCAGAAGACGCUAGGGUGGAGUGGACGGACAGAGACGGCGGGAAGGUCCACGUCUACCAGACCGGUUCUGAUCGUCCUGAGGAGCAGGAUGAGCUCUACAGAUACAGAACCAGGAUGAAUGUGGACCCCCUGAGAACAGGAGACCUCAGUCUGACCCUGAAACCCCCCACAGAUGGAGACUCCACCACCUACACCUGCAGCGUCUACAGCAGGGACAGAGACAUCCUGAUGAAGAAACAGGUCCACCUCCAGAUCAAAGGCCAGCAGGUGGAGGUGGAGGAGGGGGCGGAGUCUGUUCUACUGCCGUUCAGAACAACACCUGAUCUACCUGGAGAUGCCAGAGUAGCCUGGGGUCACAACAAACCCAAACUAGUGAUGUUGGUCCAUGUGUACGAGAACGGCUCGGAUCAGCUGACCAAACAGGACCAGCUUUACAGAAACAGAACCGAGAUGGACGAAGACCUGCUGAAAACCGGGGACCUGAGCCUGACCCUGAGGUGGCCCUCAGAGACGGACAGUGGAGUCUACCGCUGUGGGGUCUGGAGGGAGGAAACACUGCUGAGAGAGAAAACUUUCCUGCUGAAAGUCAAAGGGAGAGCUUCAGUCCAGAAUCAAAGCCUAUCAGGAACUGAUGUUGCUCCCCUCCUCUGACUCCUCAUCAGGCUGCCUGACCUGUUUGCUGAAAGAUCGUCCAUUAGCAACACAACAGGACUUUGGAUUGGAGGGAAAGCUGGGGAACUAAUAAGCUCUGGGUUCUGACCCAGUUUCAGACUCUAGUCUGAUCAGUUUGGAUCAGAAAUGAAUUAGUUUCAUGAAGUAUAUCUAAGCUGAAACUGAAGGGAAGAAGUUAUCAGACGGAGGUAAGUGAAGGUAAACAAACCAAUAUCCAUAAACCAAAUAAUCUCAGACACAAGAUUACAGACUGGGAUUAACUGGUCCUAAAUCUAAACCUCAUCUCUAUGUGACCUGAUGAGGCUGAUUAUUAAUAAAGCUGUUAGAUGGUCGACCGCGCCUGCAUCUCUGAUGGAAUGAGCGCCUCAUUAAGGUCACGUUAUGAAUCAGAGAUGCUACCAACAUCUGGAUUCCUUCAGCUGACACUGUGCUCUAGAAUCAGGCUCUAGAAGCUGAUCUAAUGAUCUCAUUUCUAUAAAUCCUUUAAAGAGCGACUCAUGGAAGGAGCCUGUUUUCCUUGCAUGUCUUCAUGCAGCUGAAGAAACUAAAUGUUUUUAGAAACUGAUGUGAGCUUCGUUCUCAGGGCUGAUUCAUGUUCUGUCUUCUUGUUUUAAUCAUCUCAGUUUUAUUAUUUUAAAUGAUUUAUUUUAAUGAAUCUGAAAACUAAUAAUGUAACUCAAAUAAUCUGUGGUUUAUUGGUUCAUUAAUAAGAGACAUUUAAAAAUAAAGACUAUGG